UGUGGCGGUACCAGCUCGGGCGAAGGGCAAGACGGUGGCCGAGAAGGCUCCGGGCGGCGGACGGUGGCCGAGAAGGACCGGCAUGGAGCACCUGGAGCGCUGUGCGUGGUUUCUCCGCGGGACGCUGGUGAGGGCAGCGGUGCGGCGCCACCUGCCCUGGGUACUGGUGGCCGCCAUGCUGGUGGGCUCGGUCCUCAAGGAGCUGUCUCCGCUGCCCGAGAGCUACCUCAGCAAUAAGCGCAACGUCCUCAACGUGUAUUUUGUUAAAUUGGCCUGGGCCUGGACAGUCUGUCUCCUCCUGCCUUUCAUUGCCCUCACCAACUACCACCUGACGGGCAAGACCAGCCUGGUCCUGCGGCGGUUGAGCACCCUCCUCGUGGGCACAGCCAUCUGGUAUACCUGCACAGCCCUCUUCUCCAACAUUGAACACUACACAGGCAGCUGCUACCAGUCCCCGGCCCUGGAGGGCAUCAGACAGGAGCAUCGUAGCAAGCAGCAGUGCCACCGGGAAGGGGGCUUCUGGCAUGGCUUUGACAUCUCAGGCCACUCCUUCCUACUGACCUUCUGUGCACUCAUGAUCGUGGAGGAGAUGGCCGUGCUGCACGAGCUGAAGACAGAUCGCAGCCACCACCUCCAUGCUGCCAUCACCACCCUGGUUGUCGCCCUGGGCUUCCUGACCUUCAUCUGGGUGUGCAUGUUUCUGUGCACGGCCGUUUAUUUCCACAACUUGAUCCAGAAAGUGUUCGGCACCAUGUUUGGUUUGUUGGGCUGGUACGGGACAUAUGGGUAUUGGUAUCUGAAGUCUUUCUCACCGGGACUUCCUCCCCAGAGCUCUAGUUUGACUUUGAAGCAAGAUACUUACAAGAAAUGAAAGAGAAGGAAAUAGGGACAGGAGGACAAUGGCUAAUAGGAUUCCCACCUACUUUGUCCAGUGACUGGCUGCGUUAUCCAUCCCAUUUCAGAGAGGACCCUUACUAGGUACCUUUGGACUGGGGGACAUCUGGGGAACAAGUUUAGUCCUCGGACUCUGCUGGCGGUGCCACCAUGUUGCCAGCAGCGCUAUUCCUGUCAGAUUCUUCUCAUCUCUGACAAGAUGUGACCUUAAUCUGUUCCCAGAGGGAGAGCUAAGGCUCGGCAGAGGGAUAACAGACAGCCUCAUAGUGUGGGUCAAGGGGAAACCAGGGCUUCAGGACUCUCUGCUGUGGCCUCCCUGGUUCUGGUUCUCUUUAGAGUUUAGUGGCCAUGGUAAUGCUGUUCAUUUAACAGCGUUUCCCCAUGGCCAACUCUGAGAUAAGCAUUUGCCCCGGCAGGUUCUUUAUUAAAUACCCCAAUGCCUAAAGGACACUCUCUGGCUGUAGCAUUCACGUCCUCUGCGGAAUGCUGCCGUUGGACCUGGCCGCGAUUGCCAACAGGGGUCCACGACCCUGCAGUGCCUGGAUGAUGACUGUUGUUGUUGGUUUUGUUUUUCUGUGUAGCCCUGAGUGUCCUGAAACUCACUCUGUAGACCAGGCUGGCCUCAGACUCAGAGAUCUGCCUGUCUCUGCCUCCUGAGUGCUGGAUUAAAGGCGUGGCCACCACGGCCCGGCACUUGGAUGUUUUUUUUAUUUUUUUUUUCUGUCCGUACUGUAUAUCGUGAUGUGUUGGGGUUUGCGGCAGUAACUGAGCGCCCCAUUUUCUCUCUUCUCUCCCAAGUGACUGCUCUGUGGCUUUAAUCAUUACUCUCCAUUUGUUCUUUGUUGGCAAAGCUCCAGCACCACACCUUGGCGUGUGAAAAUUGUUUUGAGGGCUUUUUGUUUUUUAGAACACUAACUUUUUGUAUAAACCAAAUUCUUGGCUUGUUGUAUGAAAUCCCACCUCAUAGGAUUGUUCUCUCUCUUAGGAAUAUAACUGGAGGGGGCAUGGUGCUGCACACCUUUAAUCCCAGCACUGGGAAGGCAGAGGCAGGCAGAUCUCUGUGAGUUUGAGAUUACCCUGCCAGGGCCGCAUUGUGAGAUCCUGACUCCGAAAGAAAGAAAGAAAGAAAGAAAGAAAGAAAGAAAGAAAGAAAGAAAGAAAGAAAGAGAGAGAAAGAGAGAAAGAGAGAGAGAGAGAGAAAGAGAGAGAGAGAAAGAAAAGAAAAAACUGACAAGCAGAUUUGCAUUAUCUGAUGAACUUUAGGCUGGAAAAGUAAUUCAGUCAGGCGCUCAUCUGUCCUAAGGCUUUCCUGCCCACUGACUGGUGAGAGAGACAGAAUAGGGUUUGGGGUCCUCACAGGACCAUAGGACAAGUGCCACAGCCUAAGGGAUUUUCCCCUUUGGAGAUUAUGAUAAUUUAGAAGUGAAAUAAAAUGUUUUCCGCUUGAUGCAGGAAGCCAGCCAGCAUGCAAAGCCACCCAUAUUACAUACUGCUGCCCUGCAGUCAUCCAUAUUACAUAGCGCCAUGACUGCCAUGACUUUGGCCCCGCCUCUUCCUCCUCAUCUUACCAACAGGACAACCCUAGGAGGGGGCGUUCAGUGGCCAUGGCCAUGAGAGUCUUUCUUUGCAGUACUCCCUGGCUUCCAGCCAUGUCAUUCUGUGGCCUUUACCGUGACUGUUAGGGUAAGAAGUCUCUUCACCCAUGUCCCACGUGGCAGGCUUCCAGUCUGAUGAGAAGGGUCCUUUCCUCUCCUGGGUAUCGCCUUAAGCCUGGCCCAGCUGAGCCCUGGCCUUUUGGAUGAUGAUCCUUGCAGCAGCUUCCAUCAGCUGCCCUGCCCUAGCAGAGCUGGCUGAUAACAUUACCUGAUAAGCUUCGGACUGACUGUCCUCGCUCAAGCUGAGGUUGCUAGGCACUUAGUAAAUUAAGAGUAAUCUCUUUCUUUUUCUUUUAAUUUUACUAUGUUUUUAAUUUUUAAUUUAAUUUAAUUUAAUCUUUUGAGUCAGGGUCUUACCAUGCAGCUCUGGCUGGUCUGGAACUCACUAUGUAGACCAGGCUGGUCUCAGACUCACAGAGAUCUACCUGCCUGCCCCUGUUUCCUAAGUGCUGGGAUUAAAGGUAUACUAAGAUUAAAGCCACCACAUCUGGCUAAUAAUUUUUAAAAAUAUAAGAAUCUAUUUAAAAUAUGUAUUUUAUAUCUCGUUGAGCUACAGGCCAACUUGACCAGUCACUAUUUAAGAUGUGAGAUGUUGUCACCAAAGGGGAAGAAAGGCAGUCAGAAAGGAGUCGCCAUGAUGCUUUGCUGAGUGGAUAGUGGACUGAAAGGAUGUUUGACCUGGGAGUUUCCACCCAUCUCCCCAGGGUAGGAAUAGGCCUGGAGAUGACUGGUAGGACAGGUGAAGUCUCUCAAGCUUCACUUAACAGCAGAGGGGAGCAGACACAGCAUGCAGCCAGAGGCUCAUUUGUCACAUUGUGGCUCCGGACAUUUUUCUCACGUGGUCUGACCAGGUUUAACAUUAAAUCGACAACACAUGGGGACUCCCAGCUGCUCAGCAUUCUGUACAUAUAGACAGAUCAGAUCACACAUGUUUAUACGUGAUAGCCUUCUCUGCUCUGGGUGGGGUGGUGGGGUGGAGCCCAGGGUUCUGUGCACGCUGGGUGAGCCCUCUAUCCCUGAGCCACACCCCGAGUUCCUCAGAGCCCUUGCCUUCUCAGGAACAUGCCUUCCCUCCUGUGUGAGGAAGCGUGGCAUGAGUGUUUGGGCUUGGGCAGCCAUGAGGUGUAGGUGUGAAUGUUGGCAUCCCUCCCAAACCACCUGACCAGUGUGCAAGCCUUGUUGCCCUUGUCUGUAAAGGGAAGCGAUUCUCUUAGCACUUAAAGAAAAUGGUCUGUAAGAUGCUGAGCAUGUGUGCCACAUAGGUUAUCAUCUCCCCAACUGUCUCUUGACAGCACUUAGAACAUUCUGGUUCCUUUAGAGAAAGUAGAGAAACCAGUAUCUCUUGAGGAAACACCCAGAGCCUGGGUCACCUAUGGAAAUAGUCUCAUGCCAUCUUUCAAAGUGUCUGUUGUCCCUUGGUGGUAAACCCAAGGCUUUGGGAGCAUCUGACUAGAAUCGUGCCAUGCAUUUUGCUUCCCUGUAUGGAGGUCUAUUCACUAGCUUCCACGUCCAUCCGUCACUGUCUGGGUACCAGAUUGUAUUUAGAGACUGGCUCAUGCCACUCUUAAGUACGCACAGUCCACGUGUAAACAAGCGAAUUAAAGGGCACUUGAGUCCACA